AUGGCUGUGGACUCAUUACGGCGAGGCCGUGGCUUUCACAAGCGACGCCACAGGCCAAACGCUGUCAGGGAGGAAAUAAAACAGGCAGCGAAGGCGGUCGUGAGGGACAGCGUAGAGCCUCCGUUGGUACGGCGUCAGGGAAAAGGCAAGGGGGGAAAUGGCAAAGGAGUAGCUGCUGAGCCUUUGCCGACUGCGGCUGCUCCGUCGAGCUCUAUUGUCCUUGAUGCUGGCAAUCCCGCAGAGACGAUCGUGCCGCCGCUAAACCCUCCAUCAACAGUUGCACCACCUCCCCCGGCGCCGCCACCGCCGCCGCCGGAUGCGCCGAGGCCGAGCAGUAGCUCGAGCAGUCUCACGACCUCGACGGCGGUGACCUCGGUACAGACGACACAGACCAGUAUCCAGACACAGACAACCGUCAUCACAACGGCACAGACCUCAACUGAGGUAUCAACCCAAGUGACGACCAUCGUGAGUACACAGAUAGAUACCUGGACCUUCCCGGUCGGUAGCCUGCAGAUGACCGUGACCCUGACAUCCUCCAUGAUCACAUCUCCCCUGCCGACAUUACAGACAAGCCUCUCCACGGCUGUCUCGACGACCACCCCUCUCGUGGCAACCACCCCGUACCAAGCCGCACCAUCCAGCACCACCACCUCAGCAGCUGCGUCCCGGGCCCCGGCCAUCGCCCCCGGGAAUAGCGGGCAUCUCGGGAUCCUCUCCUUCUUCAUAAUCCUGGGGGCAGUCUGCCUCUGCUCCCGCCGCACGCGGCAGCGCCUGCUGACCCCGGUGACGAGGCGCUUCACCAACAACACCCUCGUCAACAGCGGGUCCCGGGGCCUCGACUCGACAGGCCGGCGGUCCGGGAGAGGAGGCGGUGGAGGCGACAUGCACAAGUCGCUCGUGUCCGAGGCCGAGUCGAUGGCCUACACCGCCACGAGCCCCCGCGACGCGAAAGCGCCACCGCCGCAGAUGGCGAUGGCGGACCCGCCCCGUGGCCUGUCGCAGAACCCCGUCUUCCCAGGAGCGGCGGCGGCCUGCCCUUCGCGUCCCGACUCGUGGCGCACCUGGCGGCCCAGCGUCACCUUCGCGCAGGGGCUCGACCCCGUCCCGGACGACAUGCAGCCCCCGCCGCCGCCGCCCCACGCCCUGACGGCGCGGUACUCGUCGGGGCUGCACCACCACCCGCGUGGGUCCGGAGUAAGUACGGGCGAGGACAGCAGCAUGCCCGAGUACGGCGCGUGGCCCCCGACGGCAUCCAAUGCCGACCCCACAGCGCUGAGGCCUGCGCCAGAGCAGGCCGUCGCCGUCGCUGCCCUUGCGCCCGAGUAUAUGGCCGGGCCGCCAGCGGGACGCGCGCAGAGCCGGGAGUACUUCCAGCAGCAGCAAGGACAGGAACUGAGGGACGGGCAUGAGCACGCGUCGUACGUGACCUACUCGGAGACGCCGCUGGCUACGCCAAGGACGCCGAUCGUGGUGGAAGGUGAGCAACUGGCCCCGCUGGCCACCAGCCAAGAGGCCUCACCGGUUGACAGUUGUGAUUCCGACAGCGGGGAGAAGAGGGUCAGCCGAGACGCCGGCGCUACAGCAGGAGCAGGAGGCGACGAUAUCUGGUGGGUCGGCGAGCCCGCAAGGGUCGGCAGGAGCGGAAGCGGCAAGCUCAUCACCAUCGACAGAAAUGGAAGACGGGUCGGCGGAGGAGACGACGACGACAGCGACGACAAACCCGAGGGCGGCAUUCAAGAAGCGCAGCUGGGCCGGCAGGCUGGAGAGGGUGGCGGCCAUGGCGGCGGCGCGCAAGGGGUCGAGGCGGAGCCACCGCGCGAGCAAGGCCGGCAGCAGCCGGAGCAAGGCCAGCAAGGCGAGCCGGGCGAGCGUGGCGAGCAGGUUUUCCAAGAAGUCGCGGCGGUCCAAGGACAGCGAGGGCUGAGGGCCAGCACCAGCGGCAGCCGGCGGUCCUCCCUCCGCGCUCCGUCGUCCUGGGAUGGGGCUGAGUCUACAGGGUCAUCGUCAGACGCCGGGUUCUCGUGGUCCGAGGCGGCGAGCGAGCCGUACACGGCGGCCGCCCCGAGGGACGGCUUCGGGCUGUCCAUCAUCGGCGCGAGGCAUGGGUCUAGGUCGGCGGGGACUGGAGAGGGCGCAGGCCCCGGGCCUUCUACCACUCGGCCGGACGAGGAUGCCUGA